AAAUUGUGGCCCUGAGGAGAUCUGUCACCCCACAUUCCUUCUGGAGGGGCCCAACAGCAUCCGCCUGCUUCAGCUGGGGACUCUGGAGACACAGGAACAAUGUGUCACCUUUGACAGAGUUCUGCGUUCUGAAGCUGCUCAGCUGCUGCAGAUGCUGUUUGAGGAAGCUCUGUCCCUCGGGGGCGCUGAUCCUGUGCUUAGUACUCUUAGCCUGGUGCAGCUCAGCCCCAGUGGGCGGACUCGGGACCUGCUCUCUCCGGGGGAAAAGAACCUGUCGGUGCUGGACGUGGUCCCUCUGGGCUUAGUGGUGGAAGAUGCCAGCGAAGUAGAGGUGUCAGACUCAAAAGCUGCCUCAGAGCUGUACUUGCAGGCCACAGGGGUGGAAAGCAGGGCCUGUUCUCUGCUUACUGUCACCAUGUGCCGCCCAGGGCCACACCCUUCUGAGGGGGCGGGGACCCAGAGCAUAUGGCGAGGGGUCUUGCGGAUCCUGCAGCUCCCGGGAGCCCUAGACUGCCCCCUGCUGCAGGUAUUGGCCGGUAAGGUUAAUGGUGAGGAGGUGGAGGGCUCUCUACCCUGGAUUGUCUCAUGGCUCCUGGAAGGAAACAACUACAGUGGUCUUCUUCUUCGCCUGGGAUCUCAAGGCAGCUCCCUGAGCUUGCUCCAGGCUGCUCUCUUGGGGGCCGCGGGAAGGAGGAUGCAGGUGAAACAGGUCAGGCCCACCUUGUGGGAUGCAGCAGAAGAGGCCCGAGCCCGCAGGGCUGGCCUGAAGAGCCUGCGUUUAGGCCUCCUGGGGGACACCCUGUCGGAUGGCAGGCUCAACCAGCUGGGCAGGGCACUGCGGGAGCUGCAGGUGGUAAAAGCCUGGAGCCAGCGCCUAAGAAACUGGAUGCUCAAAGGGGUCAAAGCUGAGGCUGUGGGACUCCUAGAACCACAGCAGGUGACAAAUUCAGCAGCAAGCCACAGUCCAGGUCUCCAGGGGGAGCCCCAAGUGGCAGGAAGAACAACAUCUCUAGGACCUGGGCCCCAAAAGCAUUCUCUCCGGGACUCUGAGGAACAGGCCCAGCAGGUGCCAGAUGUGGCCCUGCAGUUCUUCCUGGCCCAGGCCCGAAGGCAGAGGCUGCGAGAACAGCAGCAAAUCUGGAUCCAAGAGGAACUGAAGCAUUUGGAAAAGGAGGAGGCAGCAGGUGACCAGGUCAAAGGCCUGGUGGCUGGAGAAGAGGCCACCAAGGAGAGACAGAGAUGGCACCGGGAGCAGACAGUGCUGAGACUCCAGCUGGAGGCUCUUCAGGCAGAGCGGGACACUGCAGAGCAGGACCUGCUAGCCCUCUAUGACCUGCAUGUGCAGGCCACACGAGCUCGGACAUGCCAUGUGCUACAGGUAUUCCGAGCCUGGCGGCGGCUGUGGGAAGAACAAACCAUGACCACAGAGCAGCACCACCGCAGCCUGCUGGCUGGCGUUCUACAAGACAGCAUCAACCUGGCUGCACAGAACCAGGAGCUCCAAGCCCAGAACCAACAGCUUCAGCAGGCGCAGACUAGGCCAGAGGCAGUUAUGCUGGAUCGCUGCCCUGGGGAGAAAUCUGGUGAUCAGGAAUCCUUCAGGGGCAGUUUCCUCUCUCCUCAUUCUUAAGGGUCUUAGAAAGGAGAGGAAGGAAGUUGGGACGCAAUAACCGAGCUAAUGUUCAUUACGGAUAAUGAAUACCGUCAUCAAGCAGGUCUCACUGUGCCAGUCCCUGCUAAGCGCUGAACAGCCACUAUUUCAUUUCGCCUUUUCCACUACCCAAUAUAGUUGUAGGCACCACUGACCAUUUCAGAGAUCAGGCACCUAAAGCUAGGAGAGGUUAUCUACACAAGGACAGUCAGCUAGUAAG